GAGAGAGAGAGAGAGAGAGAGAGAGAGAGAGAGAGAGAGAGAGAGAGAGAGAGAGAGAGAGAGAGAGGGAGGGAGGGAGGGAGGGAGGGAGGGAGCGGUGUUGUCUGGUUAGUGGAGAGCUCAAGGAUGGAGUCGUCAAUGGAUGGUGAGAGUGGGAAAGGUGUUCGGGGUGAAGAUACCCACGAGGCAACAGAAGGAAGUUUGGAAAAUGGGCGAAGAACUACGGGGCAACCGUCUCAAGAUGCAACAGGGGAGGCUGCCACGGAUAAAGAUAGAGAAGGACAGCUUGCAGAGGGAAGUACUCCAGAAAAGAAGGAAGGGAUGACUAAAAAUUUGGAUGACGACGACGAAGACGGAGAGAGGGCUGAGCUGAUACUGUUCCAGGUUAAGGAAUGUUACGUGUAUAAGAUCCCACCUCGAAAGUCGAACCUAUCCUAUCGUGCUGAUGAAUGGGACAUCAACAAGUGGACAUGGCAAGGGGCAAUGCGUAUCGUAUCGAAGGGUACCGAAUGUUCGAUACGGUUGGAGGACCCAAUCUCAGGAGAACUGUUUGCCCAGGCACCGGUGCGGGCGACUGAUCCUUUUCCUGUUGAAGGAGUCGUGGACAGUAGUCGCUUCUUUGUUCUGAGGGUCGAAGACUCGUCCGGUCCUCAUGUGCGGCACGCUUUUGUAGGUUUGGGGUUUCGGGAACGCACGCAAGCCUACGACUUCAAUGCUGCGCUUCAAGAUCACCUCAAAUACGUCAACCGCAAGAAAGAAGCAGAGGAAGUAGCUGAAGAGUACAAACACAAGCCCUCUGCAGAUUACAGCCUCAAAGAAGGGCAGACACUUCGGUUGGAAAUCCGUACCUCCUUGUCCCCUGGUGCAAAGGCCAAGUUGUCGGCUGAUGGAACCCCGAUGAAAUUGCUGACCCGCGGAAGCAUGCUUUUUUCCGAUCAACGGACAACUGAUGUGAAGGGUGCUGCUGCCGCUGGUGCCGGUGGUGCCGCUGGUGCCGCUGGUGCUUCCAGUGCUGGGAUAGCUUUACCAUCACUUCCCCCACCUCCAAAACCCGGAGAAUAUAUUCGCCGGCCUUCACUGGAGGGUCUUGGCUCAGCUGCAAGCAAGACAUCAGCGGGAGCUUCUCCUUCAAUCCUUCAUCUGAUAAUUCCCCCACCACACACUCCUGCAAGGAUGGUGACCUCUCCACCACCGGUAGCGGCAGCUGCCUCACCUGUUUCUGACAGGCCAUCACCGGUUGUCAGUUCAGAUCCAAGUCCAGAUGAUGAGGAUUUUGGGGACUUCCAGACUGCGUGAUCUAUGGAGCUCGUCGGAUGACAGGCGUGUUUUGAGGUACGGAUGGUGAUCCAUGUAGAGAGAGGUGGGCUUGAGGAGCUUGGUUCCUCUGCUGUGUUAGUAGUAGGUGACCGGCUCUGCCGCUUCCGUGGUAGUCAAGGCACCUUGUGUGCCUCUUGGUGUGAUCUUGGCCGUGAUGGAAGCUGUGUUGCUUGUGUGAUUUUGUACCUUUGACAUGAUGCCAAGGCUACAGGUAGAGGAGCUUAUGUGCCCCUUGGCGAUCAUCACCAGGAUAGCAUCUACAUCUCUGUUGUGAUGUCCCACGAUGAUGGCCGAAGCCUACAGGUAGCGGCUGCCUUACGUGCACCUUGGGCAAUCUUGGCCAUGAUGGAAGCUGUGUGUUCGUUAUGUGAUUUCCCACCCUUGCGAUGAUGCCAAGGCUACAGGUAGGGGGCCCUUAUGUGCCCCUUAGCGUCUUCCUGUCGAUGGCAGCCGUGUUUGUGUGCUCUUGCACCAUCAUGAUCAUGCUAAGGAUGGGAAAUCUAGACCUUUCUAGAGAGAAAAAUUAUAGGUAGAACUUUGUACGAGACAGGCAGGUUCGGUAGAGCGUUUCUGUGAAUAUUCCGUGAGCGGCGCACUGACAAAAAGAGAGUAGUAAUGUAUGAGUCAUUUUAUGAAUCGCCUUAGUGUGCUUAUGUGUCCGACCACAGGAGUCUUAGGCCCAGCGUUUACACUACACGACUCUUUCAACCGAAUCCGGGUGUGAUUGUAGCCAGAUGCAUCCUAGAAAGUCCUUGUCUGAAUCUGGGAGUGAGUAGGUGCAUAUCAUGUUCUCCCAUCCUUCAUUUUUCCCAUUUUCCUUCCUCGAAAUACAUACGGAGUCCGUUUGGUGCGUAGCAGACGUUCCUCGCGUCAGUUGUCUAGCUCGUGAAAAAAUGUUGUUGUCAACUUGCCACCCUCCGCGUUAUCGAUUUUUUAACAGACUUAGUUUUGUUCGUUUUGAAGGUUUUUUUUAUGCCUUGCUUUAUUGCAAUGAGCUUGAUAUAAUAUGGGAGAGCCAUUAAGUGGCAUGAAACAUGGUGUUGUUAUAGAGCAGACUGCUACAGUAUUGAGAUGAUUUCCUCUAGGUAUUGAGAUUGUCUCGUCUAUAGGUAUCAGCCGAAAAUAGCAGCCUUCAGUUCAGGGCAGUCAAUUGAAGGGAUACGAAUCUUAGUCAAGCGAUCUAUAAAGACUUUGGAAGAGUUUGAGGCUCCUCAGCGCGAUCUGGCACAAGGGAGAUUCAUCAUCAAUCCUGCCAUUCGCGUCAGUCGCCCGCAUGUUCUAUGCUGUCGGUCAUCGUACUCGGCUCCCCUUCCCCUUCCUUCUUCUUCGCCACUGCCCACUUUGUGUUGUCUUUUACCCAUCGCCUGGCUGCAGUGGCAGUGGCUUAGGAGUUAGGACUACAAUACCCCGUUUAGUAACUUUCACAGAGACGGAGUAAUGUGCUCAGCGA